ACAGAAUCAAAACAUUGAUUUUCUUCGCACGGGCUAUCGUACACAGCUGGGCGCAACUAGCGAAAGUGCAUUGUUUCAAAAUCUAGCGCGUUUUUACGGCAAGAAACAUGUCUGGGGUCGUGCGCCGUGAUAUUUCGCCAUUGCUGCAAAAGAUGCGCAACUUUCUGCUCGGUCGAGAACACACAAAUGCGCUCCGCUUUGAGGAUGGAAUUGCGGCCAGAACUCAACCGCCACCGAAUCUACCCGAUGGACCCGCGCAUAAGCUGUCUGCAAAUCACUACGUGAUCCGUGAUGCACGUCGCGAAGUAGCUCCACCGAUUGAUUUGUCCACCCAAAAGCUACUGGCGGAAAAGGGAGCGGCCGCAAGACUACCAACACCCGGCAAGUCGUAUGGCUGGGACAAACAUUGAUCGUUUGACUCUGCUGUAGAUGGAACGAUGGAAGUGAGAAACUAGCGAAGUGUUAUUGUGUUUGAUCAAGUGCGAGUGCGAAGAUAUAAAGUUCUGUUUUCUUCGUCCAAUAAAAGAUUGGUGUGUUCGUGCAAUCCAAAUUUCAAA